UCAUGUGAACAGUAAUUGAAACACAGUUAACAGCUGAAAUUGUGAUAGGAGAAGUCUAUCUCAAAUGGGGAAAAAAACAUCAGAAUCCUUGUCAACUUUCACAUCAUGCUACAGACCUAUUUAGGUGCUUCCAACUCGACUCGAAAGAUGCCGAAGACAUCCUAUCCACUUUUGCCAUACGCGGCAACAGGACCUGGAAGCUGCGAAUUCUGCCUGAUCCUGUUUUUCUCGAAAGCCCUGAAAAUGCAGCUCUAGUCCUGGAGCAGCGGCGUUUCUGGCUGGAAAGAUGGGCAGAACUUUGUAAACGGAUUGAUGUCUCUCUAUCCACUCAGACGCCAAAUAGGGCACGUAGAAAUAGUUCGAGGGGUAGCCCAACGAAAAGUCCGCCUCAAGCAAGGCGGGGUCGUGGAGCUGCGAAAUAG